AUAAAAUUUUACAUUAGCUGGUAUUUCAACCCAUUGAGGUGUUAUAGUGAGGCUCUUGCAAAUGGCACCAAAAGAUAAAAAUGCUCCUGUAGAGCAAAAGGUUCUUCUGGGAAGGCCAAAGAAUAACCUUAAGCUCGGUCUUGUUGGUCUUCCUAAUGUUGGCAAAUCGACGACGUUCAAUUUGCUCUCAAAACAGUCUGUUCCAGCCGAAAACUUUCCAUUUUGUACGAUAAAUCCUCAUGAAGCUGUUGUUAGCGUUCCAGAUGAACGUUUUGAGCACUUAUGCAAGAUUUUUGAACCAAAAAAGGAAAUUGCGGCCUCGUUGACGAUUUUUGAUAUCGCUGGACUCGUCAGAGGAGCCCAUAAAGGAGAAGGAUUAGGGAACGCCUUCUUGUCACACAUUGAUGCCGUUGAUGGAAUAUUGCAUGUAGUGAGAGCAUUUGAGGAUGACGAAAUUAUACAUACCGAUGGUGAAGUCAACCCCGUUAAUGACCUCGACACCAUCAACCAAGAACUCAUUUUAAAGGACUUGGACAAGUGCUCCAAGGCAGUUGUAGAAAUUGACAAGGUCUAUCAGCGUAACAUGAAGGUAAAAUCCAAGAAGGAAGAGCUCGAUACAAUGCUAAAGGUUAAGGAGCACCUGGAAAAGAAUCUCUGGAUCAGUCAUGGCAACUGGAAAUCAUUAGAGGUUAACAUCAUUAAUGAGUACAAUUUCCUUACUGCAAAACCAAUCGUAUAUUUAGUAAAUCUCUCCGAAAAUGAUUUUGUACGCCAAAAGAAUAAGUGGCUUGCAAAAAUUGCAAAAUGGGUACAGGACAAUAACCCUGGCCCAAUCAUCCCAUACAGUGCCCAAUUUGAGCUAUCUCUUGAAGCUUUUGAUACACCUGAAGCUAAGGAAGGAUAUCUCAAGGAUAAAAACGGUACCAGUAGCAAGAUAAACAAAAUCAUCACCAGUGGAUAUUCCGCUCUACAGCUUAUUCACUACUUUACAUGCGGUCCAGAUGAAGUUAGAUGCUGGACAAUUCGCAACGGAACAAAAGCUCCACAGGCCGCAGGCGUAAUCCAUUCCGACUUUGAACGUGGUUUCAUAUGUGCCGAAGUUUAUAAUUACAAGGAUAUUCUGGAGCACGGAUCCGAAGGAGAAGUUCGUGCCAAUGGCAAGUACUUGCAAAAGGGAAAGGAUUAUGUUGUCAAUGAUGGAGACAUCAUUUUUUUCAAAUUCAACGUGACUAAUAAGAAGUAAUAAUUCCGUUUAAAUAUUACUAUGGAAGGUA